AUGGAUAACAAGACCUACGUAUCGGAUUCUCUGAUCCGCCUGACGGGCGCGUCAGAUCCGAUCUCAGUAGACUUUGUGCUUGCCGAAGCCAGCUCAGCCAAGUCCGCGUCCGCCCUCCAAGACAAGUUGCUUUCCUUCCUCGAUGGCAGCCCCAACGAGAUUGGUGCAUUUUGUAGCCAGCUAUUUUCUCGCGUGGGGAAAGCACCACAGCCCAGUCCUUCGGCCGCCCAGAGUGCAACAAAAAAAGCAUCUACAAAAAAGAAAUACAGCAUGGUAGAUAUGGGCGAAGACCUUGAUCCCGAGCCGGGGCUGGGUCCCGUCAAUGUCGAAGCUGAGCGCGACCGACGAAGACGGCGGGACAAAGAGAGGGAUGGUGAGAGAGACCGAGGCAGUCACAGAGAGAUAGAUGACAACCGGAAACGAGACCGUAGCCGCGACGCUGAGAGUCGCGACCGUCCACGAUCGAAGAAGCUGCGGAAGAAGGAUUCAGAUUUCGAUGACCGAUGGGGUGACGAGGAGGCUGCAGAGGAUGAAGCGUAUUCCGAUGCGGGUCCAGACGAGUUUGCAGAGUCGCCCUCAAAACGCACGAGACUCGCGGAUGGAUCUGCUUCCCCACGCCCUGCAUCACCGACCGACGAUAUUGAUCCGCAGACCAAACAAGAGAUUGAUCGUCAACGUGAUCUCCGCGAAAGAGAUGAAUUCGCCCAGAGAUUGGCAAAGAAAGAUAAUAGCAAAUCCAAGAAGAUCGUGGAGGACCGGACUCGAGAUGGCGAAGCUGCACGACGCCGCGCUUUGGCUGACGACGCUGAUGCCCGGGCAGCAGUGAUGCCUGACUUGCGACUCCGUUCCCGCCAAGAAUACUUGAAGAAGCGUGAGACAGAGCGACUGGCAUUGUUGCGACGUCAAGUUGCCGAAGAGGCUGCGGAACUACGCGAGAACCCUAAUCUGACUCGCCGCGAGAAGGAAGAAUUUGCACGUAACAAGGAGGUUUUACGCAUCGCCGAAGAGCGGCUACGGAUUGACGACCACCGCGAUGGCUACAUGAUGCCGGAUGACUAUAUUACGGAGAAGGGAAAGAUUGAUCGAAAAAAGAAAGAAGAUGCACUCUAUAAGCGAUACGUCGAGCGCGACGAGUCGGGACAGGAGAAAUUUGUUACGGAGCACGAGGAAUGGGAGCUUGAGCAAUCGGCCAAGGCCAAGGCGCAAAUCAACAAGGCGGAGUUCGUUGAUGAAGGAGACUAUGAGUACGUCUUUGAUGAUUCACAGCAGAUCAACUUUGUCAUGGAUUCCAAGCUCGAAGGCACAGAAAAGAUGUUGACCCAGGAACAACGUCGGUUCAAGGAGGAAAUGGAUGCAGCGGAGAAGAAGGCGUUGACCAUGGAGGAGACGCGAAAGAGUUUGCCCAUCUACCAGUUCCGUGACCAGAUCAUCCAGGCAGUGCAUGAACACCAGGUUUUGAUCAUUGUCGGUGAAACUGGUUCCGGAAAGACCACGCAGAUUCCGCAGUAUCUUCAUGAAGCCGGCUACACCAAGGAUGGCUUGAAGAUCGGUUGCACUCAACCCCGUCGAGUGGCUGCCAUGAGUGUUGCUGCCCGUGUAGCGGAGGAAAUGGGCUCCAAGAUUGGAAAUGAGGUCGGCUAUGCCAUUCGCUUCGAGGAUAACACCAGUGACAAGACUAUUCUCAAGUAUAUGACCGAUGGAAUGCUUCUGCGAGAACUCUUGACGGAGCCAGACCUGAGUCAGUAUUCAGCAUUGAUGAUUGACGAGGCCCACGAGCGGACGGUGCCAACGGAUAUUGCUUGUGGUCUUCUCAAGGACAUUGCUAAAGCACGACCCGACCUGAAACUUCUCAUCUCUUCCGCGACAAUGGAUGCACAGAAAUUCCAGAAAUACUUUGAUGAUGCACCUAUUUUCAACAUUCCUGGUCGACGAUACCCCGUUGAUGUGCACUACACCUCACAGCCAGAGGCCAACUAUCUGGCGGCUGCCAUCACCACGGUCUUCCAGAUCCACGUCACACAGGGCCCCGGAGAUAUCUUGGUAUUCUUGACCGGUCAGGAGGAGAUUGAGGCCGCCGAACAGAGUCUCCAGGAGACAGCUCGGAAGCUGGGUAGUAAAAUACCGGAAAUGAUCGUCUGUCCCAUCUACGCCAAUCUGCCAUCCGAGUUGCAGACCAAGAUUUUUGAGCCCACGCCACCCAAGGCGCGCAAGGUGGUCCUGGCGACAAACAUUGCCGAGACCAGUUUGACCAUUGAUGGCAUUGUUUACGUGAUUGAUCCCGGUUUUGUCAAGGAAAAUGUGUUCAACCCGCGUACGGGCAUGGAGAGUUUGGUAGUGACGCCAUGCUCUAGGGCCUCAGCGAACCAGCGAGCAGGACGUGCUGGACGUGUUGGACCCGGUAAAUGCUUCCGACUUUACACUAAGUGGGCAUACUACAAUGAGUUGGAAGAGAACACCACGCCUGAGAUCCAGCGCACGAACCUCAACGGGGUUAUCUUGAUGCUGAAAUCCUUGGGUAUUGAUCAGCUUCUUGACUUUGACUUUAUGGACCCGCCACCUGCGGAGACUAUCAUUCGAGCUUUGGAGCAACUCUACGCACUUGGAGCUCUCAACGACCGUGGAGAUCUGACAAAGGUGGGCCGACAGAUGGCCGAAUUCCCGACGGACCCAAUGCUGGCAAAGGCGAUCCUCGCGGCAGGGCAGUAUGGAUGUGUGGAGGAGGUCCUCUCGAUCGUGUCGAUGCUAAGCGAGGCCAGCGCCCUGUUUUUCCGACCGAAAGACAAGAAGAUCCAUGCCGACAGUGCACGCAACCGUUUCACUAUCAAGGAUGGUGGAGAUCACUUGACGUUGCUCAAUAUCUGGAAUCAAUGGGUGGAUUCAGACUUCAGUGUUGUGUGGUCCAAGGAGAAUUUCCUCCAGCAGCGUAGCCUGACCCGGGCGCGUGAUGUCCGUGAUCAGCUUGCCAAGUUGUGUGAUCGAGUAGAAGUGACGAUCAGCACCUGCGGCGCCAAUAACUAUAUCCCGAUCCAAAAGGCCAUCACGUCCGGCUUCUUCCCCAACGCCGCACGUUUGCAGCGUGGAGGUGACAGCUACCGUACGAUCAAAAACGGGCAGUCCGUAUACCUUCAUCCUUCCAGCACGCUGUUUGAGGUUAACCCACGAUGGGUGAUCUACUUUGAGCUGGUACUUACCAGCAAGGAGUAUAUGCGCAGUAACAUGCCCCUACAGGCAGAGUGGCUGGUGGAAGUUGCACCCCAUUAUUACAAGAAGAAGGAUCUAGAGUCAUUAGGAUUAGAUCGCAAAGUGCCCAAGGGUACAGGAGCCACUGGAGAGAAGAGUCGGACAUGA